AUGCCUUUGAAUGUUCGCCGGGCCUUCAGCGACGUAAGUCGCUGCGGCGAUGGAAAUACCAUCGAGUCUCCGAAUGCCAUCAGGUUUUUUCAUCCCGGCUAUGGAAAAACACCGAUUUCAACCAACGCCUAUCCGCCUAUUCGCGAUGCUUUGGUUUCCCUGCCUGCCUUCGAUGAUGGUGGCAUUUACUACGAUAUUGCCCAUAUGACCUGUGGCGUCUUAGCCGGAAAUCGCUUCCGCGACUGGCGAUUCCCUCAUUGUAAUCUUCUGCCUUGCUGGGAAAGAUUGAGACCUUAUUUCCGCGGGGGGGCACCUGGGAGCGUGAGACGUUGCAUCCUUACGGAUUGUGGUUUGAGCCUGGACGCCGCCUACCUUGUGCCCGUGAAGGAAACGAGCUGGUACGAUGAUAAUGGAAUGCUAGAUUACGGCAAGGCUCCAUCGUUCUCGACAGACGCAGUGAAUGCAUCCACGAAUAUUAUUACCCUGCGGACAGAUGUCCAUAGAAUGUUUAACGAAUGGAACUUUUGCUUCGUCCCAAAGUCGGAUCAUCGGGAUGGGAGGCCUUUGAUGAUCCGCACCCGAGGAAGCGGCGAUAGUAUCACAUAUAGGGACAGCUCUAGGAAUGAAAGUCUAGAGACGGACAAGCAUCAGCCCGAGGCCUAAGGCGAAGCAUCUCAGACAGAAUGACAAUCUAAAGUAGAUUCUGCGGCU